CCACAGGAGGUGAGCGUGGGGCUCUCGCCACCGCAGCUCGCCACCGCCGCCCGACGGGACGCUUGCCCUGCGCGCGCCGCCACAGCCAGAGCCCGGACACCAAGCUCGCCUGCCGGCGGCGCCACCGCCUUCGCCAUGACCAAGAAAACACUAGAAAUUUACUCUGUGGAGCUCAGUGGAACCAAAGACAUCCAACAAACAGACAAUGGGAAUGGCAAGGAGAAGUACAGAGGCUUGAAGAACUGCUUCGAACCCAGAAAGAAUCACCAUAAGGAGGAGCUUAGGAAAGAAGUGGAUCUGGAUGACCACAAACUCAGCAUUAAGGAACUGGAAAAGAAAUAUGGUACAAACAUCAUUACAGGUCUCUCCAGCACCCAAGCUGCUGAGCUCCUGGCUCGGAAUGGACCCAAUGCCCUCACUCCUCCCAAGGAAACACCAGAGAUCAUCAAGUUCCUUAAGCAGAUGGUGGGGGGGUUCUCCAUCCUUCUGUGGAUAGGAGCAAUCCUGUGCUGGAUUGCUUAUGGGAUCCAGUAUUCCAUGAAUACAUCCUCAUCCCUGGACAAUGUAUACUUGGGCUGCGUGCUUGCAUUGGUCGUUAUUUUAACAGGGAUCUUUGCUUACUAUCAAGAGGCAAAAAGCACGAACAUAAUGGCCACCUUCAAUAAGAUGAUCCCACAGCAAGCUCUUGUCAUUCGAGACUCAGAGAAGACGACAAUCCCGGCAGAGGAGCUAGUGGUGGGGGACAUAGUGGAGAUUAGAGGAGGAGACCGGAUCCCUGCAGACGUCAGGUUGCUGUCUGUUCAGGGCUGUAAGGUAGAUAACUCAUCUCUCACUGGAGAAUCUGAACCCCAGCCCCGUUCCUCUGAGUUUACCCACGAUAGUCCCCUGGAAACAAAGAACAUUGGUUUCUAUUCUACAACCUGUCUGGAAGGCACAGCAACUGGCAUGGUCAUCAACACGGGUGACCGCACCAUCAUUGGUCAGAUCGCCUCACUGGCUUCAGGAGUUGGAAAUGAGAAGACACCCAUUGCCAUUGAGAUCCAGCACUUUGUUCAUAUUGUGGCAGGAGUGGCCGUCUCCAUUGGCAUCCUUUUCUUCAUCAUCGCAGUGUCCCUGAAGUAUCAGGUCCUGGACUCCAUCAUCUUCCUCAUUGGCAUCAUUGUGGCCAAUGUGCCCGAGGGUCUCCUGGCCACUGUCACUGUGACUCUGUCACUGACAGCUAAACGGAUGGCCAAGAAGAACUGCCUGGUGAAGAACCUGGAAGCAGUGGAGACCCUCGGCUCCACCUCUAUCAUUUGCUCAGACAAGACUGGGACUCUGACCCAGAACAGGAUGACCGUGGCCCAUCUGUGGUUCGACAAUCAGAUCUUCAUAGCUGACACCAGUGAAGACCAUUCAAACCAAGUCUUUGAUAAAAGCUCUGGAACCUGGGCCUCCUUAUCAAAGAUAAUAACAUUGUGUAACAGAGCUGAGUUCAGUCCAGGACAAGAAAGUGUCCCCAUCAUGAAGAGAGUUGUGGUUGGAGAUGCCUCCGAAACUGCUCUUUUGAAGUUCUCAGAGGUCAUUUUAGGUGAUGUGAUGGAGAUUAGAAAAAGAAACCACAAAGUAGCUGAAAUCCCUUUUAACUCAACCAACAAAUUUCAGCUCUCCAUACACAAAACCGAUGACCCCAAUGACCAGCGCUUCCUCCUGGUGAUGAAAGGGGCUCCAGAGAGGAUCUUAGAGAAGUGCAGCACCAUCAUGGUCAAUGGCCAGAAGCAGCCUCUGGACAAGAACACAGCCGAGGCCUUCCACACAGCGUACAUGGAGUUGGGAGGCCUCGGGGAGCGUGUGUUGGGUUUCUGUCAUCUCUACCUGCCAGCAGACGAGUUUCCAGAAACUUACACAUUUGAUGUAGAUACCAUGAAUUUUCCCACGUCUAACCUCUGUUUUGUGGGGCUGUUAUCAAUGAUUGAUCCCCCUCGGUCCACUGUACCUGAUGCAGUCACCAAAUGUCGAAGUGCAGGGAUCAAGGUUAUUAUGGUUACAGGUGAUCAUCCAAUCACAGCAAAAGCUAUUGCCAAGAGUGUGGGUAUCAUUUCAGCCAACAGCGAAACAGUGGAAGACAUUGCAAAACGCCUCCACAUUGCUGUGGAACAAGUUAACAAGCGGGACGCUAAAGCUGCAGUGGUGACUGGCAUGGAGCUGAAGGACAUGAGCCCAGAACAACUGGAUGAGCUCUUAACCAACUACUCAGAGAUCGUCUUUGCCCGGACAUCCCCCCAGCAGAAGCUGAUCAUUGUGGAGGGCUGUCAAAGGCAGAAUGCAGUUGUUGCUGUGACAGGAGAUGGCGUUAAUGACUCUCCAGCUCUAAAGAAGGCAGAUAUUGGGAUUGCCAUGGGGAUAGCAGGUUCUGAUGCAGCCAAAAAUGCAGCUGACAUGAUCUUGUUGGAUGACAACUUUGCAUCCAUAGUCACAGGGGUGGAGGAAGGUCGCCUGAUCUUUGACAACCUAAAGAAGACUAUCGCUUACACCCUGACCAAGAACAUUGCUGAGCUGUGUCCCUUUCUGAUCUACAUCAUUGUUGGGCUUCCCCUACCCAUUGGCACCAUUACUAUCUUGUUCAUCGACUUGGGCACAGACAUAAUCCCCUCCAUUGCCUUGGCUUAUGAGAAAGCUGAAAGUGACAUUAUGAACAGGAAGCCUCGCCACAAGAAGAAGGACAGACUGGUGAAUCAGCAACUUGCCAUAUACUCUUACCUGCACAUCGGCCUCAUGCAAGCUGUGGGAGCUUUUGUUGCAUAUUUCACUGUGUAUGCACAGGAGGGCUUUAAACCCAGCAUUCUCAUUAACAUCCGGGUGGAAUGGGAGGAUAGCAAUGUGAAUGACUUGGAAGACAGCUACGGACAACAGUGGACAUGGUACCAAAGGAAAUACUUAGAAUGGAUGGGCUAUACGGCUUUCUUUGUUGGCAUCAUGGUCCAACAAAUAGCUGAUCUAAUCAUCAGGAAAACCAGGAGGAACUCCAUCUUCCAGCAGGGUCUCUUCAGAAAUAAAGUCAUCUGGGUGGGGAUUGCCUCACAGAUUAUCAUUGCAUUAACCCUCUCCUAUGGGCUUGGAAGUGUGACGGCCCUAAGUUUCACGAUGCUCCGGCCUCAGUAUUGGUUUGUGGCUGUGCCAUUUGCCAUUCUGAUUUGGGUGUAUGAUGAGGUGCGAAAACUUUUCAUCAGACUCUACCCUGGAAGCUGGUGGGAUAAGAACAUGUAUUAUUAAGACCACCCUAUUUCCCAAGCCUCCCAGUGUUCUUCAUCUUCUGGCUGCAUCUGGAAGACCCCUGCAAUAGCAACUUAUCAAAAUGCAGAAAGAGAAGGCAAAAAAUAGUAUGAAAGAUACUUACUAAGGUUUUGUACUUUCAGAGAUUCAGCUGUUUAUAUAUGAUUUGCCUCUCUAUACCCAUCUUCCUGUUCAAAAAUAGGUGAACUUCAAGGGAAGAAUGACAUGUUGAUAUGUAUAUAAAGUUCACUCAUGUUAAGUAGUCUUGGGUAAUCCAGUCACCUGUUCAGAUAUUCCUGCUAGAUAAGAUUGCUCAAACCUCCAUUCCAUACCUAACUAAAAGUCCAGUGACUCCCUAGAUACUCUGAAUGGGACUUCAUCAAGAUCAAAAGCUUUUGCACAGCAAAGGAAACAGUUAACAAAUCCCAGAGAGUUUUUAAUUUCAUAGUCACCAUGCUUUAAAAAAGGUUAAUUAGCUACAGGUUUGCAAAAGGUGGAAGUGAUGGCAGAUUUACAUCACAGCAAUAUGGGCAACCUCAGUUUUGGCUUUCAGACAUCCUUCUUAACUGUCCCCAGUCACCUGCUGCAUCCCUGUUUAUCCCAUACCAUCUCACCAGUCCUUUGGGGCCCUCCCUCCUCCCAAAUGGCCUCCUCCCUCCUUCCAGCUGGACUCCUCCCUCCCACAUCGCCCUCAACUCCAAAACUGAGCUCCAUGUCCAUUUUGCACAGCCCAGCUCCAGAUGCUCUCCCAACCCAAAGAGAUUUUCAUUUACCAUGAUUCAGCCUCAAUAGGGAAGCACUGGGGUUUAAAAUAGUAGUAUUUAUUUAAUGUAAAAUGGUUGCAAAGCACUCUCUGGCACUAAUUUUAUACCAGUUAAGUUUCUUUAAGUUAAGUUGCUUUAACUUCACUUUAUUCAUGUGUGACGCAUACGUCUAUGUUGACAGCCCCCAGGAGGCCUCAUUUUUAAGUAAAAGAUGUUUUAUAAAACCCAGUCUAAUUGUUGUAUUUUAAUUAAUUUGAGUUUUUCUAGAAUGCAGAGCAUAGGGCACACAAAAAAGAGAUGUGAUUUCAAUUUUUUUUUUUUUUUUUGCCUCAUCAUUUUGUUUUUCUAUGGAAGGUCUAAAAAUACAGGGUUUACCUUCUGAGCUCCUCUCAACCAACAUCCCUGCUCUGUAUCCUGAGUCUGAUGUGCCUACAUUUUUAAGUUGGGAUUUCAGGGGGAGGAUACACCUUUCAUCAGCAGCACUAGGGAAAGCAGUUUUCAUAGCACUUGACAAAACCUGAAAAUUGCAAUUCUGUUAAACUUUCCCACUCCCUGGCCUACCCAAUCAUUUCUCCUCCAUUACUCAUUUAGAUAAGGACAUUCUGCUGCUGAUGUCUCUAGGCUGGUGUCUCUGACGCAGGAAGAGGGAGACACAGAGCCACAGUUCUGUGGCAUUUUCUCGGGUCAUGCUGAGAAGCAUGAAAGAGGUCAGGAGCCAUCGUUGUAACUUUUUGUUAAUAGAUUACAUGUACAGUGUGUAUUGUAUGUGAACCAUGUUGGUGUCCUCAAGGUCUUUCAUCUCUAUUUUCAACCACAAUUAUCACUGGGCUAAUCUCACAUCAGUAGUAGCAGUGAACUGGAAACACUUUUCAGGCAGCAACAUUAUGGGCUUCUCAUUCCAGUCUUGACAAAGCAGCUAAUGCUUUCUAAACUUCAACUAAGAAUAAUUUGUCCUCACUCUGUUUCUUGCCAGACUGUCUGAGUGCUCCUGGCUGUGACGGUUGGCAGCUCUCGGUCCUGCCAGAGCCAGCCAGGGAAGGCUUUUAUAAAUAUAACACAAACCUCUAAGGGAUUUAACUUGAGAUUGAAAGGAGUAACAUUUGAACUAGAAGUCUCUUCACAGAAGGAGUCCUGUCUGGAAAAACUCUCAUAUUACACAUACCUACUCUUACAAAAAGUUGAUCCUCAAAUAUUACAAACAUAACUAAUUUAAGGAAUCCCAGAAAUGAGACUCAUAUAUCAAGUUGCUUUGUUAAGUGGUAGACAGAAUAAGGCAAUAAAGUCCCAUAUCAAAGAA